AGAGAGAGAGAGAGAGAGAGAGAGAGGAGCAGAAGCUGGAGAGCAGCGCAUCUUCCACAGGAGUGAGACUGGAGGAGAGUGACUUUGGGACGCAGAGGAGGGUAAACUCACCUGAACUCACUUUACACUUUGAUUUCGUGAUGCGCCACUCGUGCGUAAAGCCCUGGUACCAUCUCCAGAGCGCACUGGCAGCGCAGAGAGGAAACACCUACCUGAAACCUCAUUUAACCAUCAUAAACCUUUUCUUGGACACGUUCAGCCUAUAAAAACUCAUUUAAGUCUUUGGCAGCGGGGAACGAGAGAAGCAGAGGGAGAGGAGGAGGAUUUCUUGGACAAACGCGACAUCGGCAGAUAGGAAGUGAUUUCCACGCUUCAAAAAAAAAAAAGAGAAAAGUGAAGGAAUGAACCCCAGUGGAGAUUAAGUGUCAAACGUUCUUAAAGAACUGGAAAUGGAAAAUCAACCCUGAAACAAAACUGACAGUGGACGGCUCAUUUAGUGAACAUAAAGCAGGGCGUCUGGAGCGUUUUCACAUCAAGAACACUGAACAGACUCAUUUUACCGCGAACGGACUCUCCUAGGGUGAAGUUUUCCCCGAGACAAUCCCUGUGUCAGGGUUUUUUUUUUUAAAUUUAUGAUUUCCUUACAUCACUCUGUACACUCUCACUACAAUCCUGUCCUCUGAACACUGCAUAGGCAACGUUUUAGGCUCAGUGACCAUUGAUUGAUGUGUCUUGUGUGAGAAGAUGUCUGAAAAAGAGGACCAAGACUCAAACAUUCUUCUAAAAACCUAAUCGAUCAUUUCUUGGUGGAUUUUUUUCCUCAAAAUGCUCACAGACUCUUAGUUUGUCAAAAUCCAUUUCAUUUUCUCUUCAAACAUGGAGAAUGUGUCCAUCCCCAGUGGUGCACCACCAGUCUGCAACGACUCUGUGGACUUGAACCGCAGUGACCUGAACUGUACUCCUCCCUCUGAGUUUUCCUUCUCCGUUGACCUUUAUGUCAUUUUGCCAGUCAUAUACUCUGUAAUCUGUGCAGUGGGACUGACCGGCAACACGGCUGUCAUCUACGUGAUUCUCAAAGCCCCAAAGAUGAAAACAGUCACCAAUAUGUUCAUCCUGAACUUGGCCAUUGCAGAUGACUUGUUCACUUUGGUGUUGCCAAUCAACAUAGCUGAACACUUGUUGCACUACUGGCCUUUUGGUGAGGUUUUGUGCAAAGUCAUCCUCAGCAUAGACCACUACAACAUCUUCUCCAGUAUCUAUUUUCUGACAGUUAUGAGCAUUGACCGGUACCUAGUCGUCUUGGCCACGGUGAGGUCCAAGCGUAUGCCUUACCGCACAUAUCGAGCAGCCAAAAUCAUCUCAUUAUGUGUCUGGAUCCUCGUUAUCCUCAUCGUUAUGCCUUUCACUGUUUUCGCCGGUGUUUAUGUCAGCCCAAAUGACGGCAGAAAGAGCUGCGUGCUCAGCUUCCCCAGUCCUGAAAGUCUGUGGUUCAAAGCUAGCCGGAUCUACACGCUCAUCCUGGGCUUUGCCAUCCCAGUCUCAACCAUCUGUAUCUUAUACACCAUGAUGCUCUACAAGCUGAGGAACAUGAGGCUCAACAGCAACGCCAAGGCACUGGACAAGGCCAAGAAGAAAGUCACUAUCAUGGUGUUCAUCGUCUUGGCUGUCUGUCUGUUCUGCUGGACCCCAUUCCACCUGAGCACCAUCGUGGCUCUGACAACAGACCUGAGGACCACGCCACUACUGAUCGGGAUCUCUUACUUCAUAACCAGCCUGAGCUACGCCAACUCCUGCCUCAACCCAUUCCUCUAUGCCUUCCUGGAUGACAGUUUCAGGAAAGCCUUCAAGAAGAUGUUAGAAUGUAGACCGGCCUGAAUGUGCAAUAUGACACAUGAAACCUGCAGCCGAGAUCUGCAGAGACUUACUGAGUGACAGUCACAGACUGUGACUGGAAAAACUGAUUUGACUUCAGAUUCAAAUCUGAAUUCUCAAUGUGUGUGAUUCAGAUUUGAUUGUUUGGUUUUUUUAAAGCUGCACUAGGCAACAUUGUACAGUAUUUGCACAUGAUAGCAGCAGGUAACUAAAAUACAUUUAUCAUUGAUAUCUAAAAACAUGAAAUUAUGUCUUUAAACUGCACACAGCAUUCUUAAUGCAAAACAUCUGGCUAUAAAUGCUUUUAUUCUACAGUAAACCAGAGGGGGAUAAACAGAACAUUGGUGAGUCCAGCUCAUCUAAAACAGAGAGCUGUUUGGGUGUCACACCUGGGCAGUAGAUCUCAUCCUAGCAGAAGUCAAUUGAAGCCUCUCAUUUAUUGGGGACUGGAUGUUUCUCUUUGUCACACAAUUUGCCUAGUGCAGCUUUUUAUGGCUCUGAGAGUACAGGGAGUAUUGUAAGUUGACAGAGAUGGAAAAUAUUACUUGCUACAGCGAAUAAGAAUGGUUGACAAAAGAUGAGAACAAUGGGGACAACAACAAGAUGAUAAAAAGCUGGAUGUAACUGUCGGCAGAAUUGCCCAUCAUCAUUGUGACUGAAGAACUGGCCAUUAAAUCUGAUUGUUUUACAGGUUAAGCCUGCAAUUAAAAUGUCAGACCUUUUUCAUGAAGGUACAAAAUCCAGCUGUGAGGCAGCGAGCCGAGAUGGGUCAUCACAAACAGUCGCGACCGUCACUGGACUCCGUCAAAACGCCUGUAAGGCCUGAACAUCUGCCGUGUGGAGAAAAUACAGCGUCACUGAUUUGCAUGCUGUCAAUCAAAUCUAGAAUAGAGAAUGAGAAUGAGAAUAGUCAGGGUUGAAGGGUAACAUGAUGCAUGUCAGGGGAUAACUGGUGUUUGGUUAUAAUAUGUUCAGUGUUAUCUACUACUAAAGGGAGAAAAGUACUGGUUUUAAAAUAAUCAAAGCUGGUUGGAUUACUUAAAUAGUGUGUGGUCAUGUAUACAAACAAUCUGCCUUUAAAAUAUGUUGGGGAUCCAAAUUCUGAAUUUUGUAGAUUUCCUGAGAUACCCAAGUUCUGCUUCUCAGGCAAAUAAAUUGCUUUUGCAAAUUACCCAAACAAUGAACAGGUUGAAGCAUAGAUUCUUAUAAUGAUGGCAUGUCUGGAUGAAGAAUUGCAUUCUGGGACACAUUUUUCCAAAAUGUGUAUCUCCCAUUUAAGGAGAUGAAAAAAAGAACCUUACCAACCCUGACAAUAGUACUGUAGGCCUGAUAUGAGACAGGCAUGGGACAGGAGGGCUAUGUAAAGUGUAAUGUUUCUCUUCACAAGUCUUGAUUUUUAUUUUUGUGAGCCUUUGUCGCCCUCUGUUGUUGACAGGAUGGUGCUACCUGUAAAUGCAGCCAGAGCCAUUUACAGACUCGAAGUGAAAACACUACUGAAGGUGGUCGUACACCUUCACACAGCUUGUUUCACUGUCUGAUAUGUACAUGUAUAAGUAUUCUUUAAUAAUGAUAAGAAUUUUCACUUCCUGGAUAUUCAGUAUUUUUUGGUACCUGACUUACAGCUCACGUUCAUUCACAGCUAGAAAUGAUAACAAUGAGAUUUACAAUCAUACUGUUCAUAAACUCAUGAAGACAUCAAAAACAUGAUGGCACAGAGAGAAAUAAAAAGCAUGGGGGGCUUAUUUGAAGCUUCACUGUGUAUAAUCACAAGAUCAGUCAAAGAGGGUAUAUGUAUAUAUUGGUGAAAUUAAAAAAUACAUGCAAAGAAAACAUUUUAAAAUGUACUCAAGGUUCUAGUGGUAAUGAUUUGGUAAAUUUGUUUGAUAUGGCUCUGCUCGUGUGGUGGUGGGAGAUAAAACAGGGAUCUGGACGUGUAAAAGACAAGAACUCCAGUCCAUGAAUUAUAUUUUUCACACAUGUAUCUAAAAUUUAGCUGAUAUUUGGCAUCUUUGAGACCUACAUCUUAUAUAAAAACAUCAUGAGUUUGUAAAGGAUCAACAAAGUCCAUCAGUCAAAAAAUUUAAAAAGGUUAAAAAGUCUUCUGCUCAUUUAUCUGUAUUCACCUUCUGUUACAGGUCUCUGUCUUCAAUGUUGUCUAAUUUAACAGUGCAGAAAACUUCAGUGUAACAACAGACAGUAUACUUCAUUGGUUGUGAUUGAAUGUUAAACAUAAGGCUCUUUUAAAUGCCACAAUGCAACGGUUACACCUUUCAAUCUUUAUUGGUGAUUAAAUGAUGAAAGGUUCUCCUCCAACACUUCCUGUUGUAGAUGAUGUCAGCUUGUAGCAGUGAUUUUAAGCAUGUGAUAUAAAUCAGCUUCUACAGAGGCUUCAUCUGAAUGGCUCUGACUGCAACACCCAAGUGUACACCAAGUGUAAGUGUUCUGCUGUAAAUAGUUCAGUCUUUCUGCCAUUUAAUUGUACAGAGGAAUCUAUAGUCAUAGUGAUGUAUAAUCAGAUAUUCUUCAUAGUUAAAUCUUGUGUCACACAAAUGAUAAAGUAUAUAAAAUUUGAGUUGAUCAUGAAUCAUCACAUCUUUUAUGCAGCUUUGUAUUUAUCAUUAAGGAAAUGAUUUUAUUUUUACCUCUAGUAUCCAUGUAUUUUUAUAAUAGAAUCAAUGUUGCUUUAUUUGACAGAUACAAUAAAUGUGCAGAUAUCUGUUUUCAUGGGAA